AUGGAUGUGUCAGUAAGAUCCUGGCCCGCUACAACGAGACCGGCUCCAUCCUCCCCGGGGCCAUCGGGGGCAGCAAGCCCCGGGUCACCACCCCCCACGGUGGUCAAACACAUCAGGACCUACAAACAGAGGGACCCCGGCAUCUUCGCCUGGGAGAUCAGGGACCGGCUCCUGGCCGAUGGGGUGUGCGACAAAUACAACGUGCCAUCGGUCAGUUCCAUCAGCAGGAUCCUGAGAAAUAAGAUCGGCAACCUGGCCCAGCAAAGUCACUAUGAGCACAACCAUAAACAGCACCACCAUGCUAGCUCCGCCUCCGCGCUUCCCUACAACCACAUCUACCCCUACCCCAACCCCAUCGCUGCUGGGGCCAAGGUCCCUACACCCCCUGGAAUGCACUCCAUACCCAGCAGCAUGGCUCUGCCCAGGACAUGGCCUUCCUCCCACUCUGUCACUGACAUCCUGGGGAUUAGGUCCAUCACAGAUCAAGCAGUCAGCGACACGUCACCCUACCACAGCCCCAAGGUGGAAGAAUGGAGCAGUCUAAGUAGGAACAGUUUCCAGUCUUCCCAGCAUAUGAUCAACGGGUUGGACAAAGGUUCCCUGGAACAAGAAGUCAAGUACAGCCAGGUAAAGGGGGUGAGAGAUAAUUAUCGGGGAGUGGGAGUCAUAAGAAGCUAUUAG